UGAAGAAGGAUAACCAAAUCCCCUUUUGUAAAUCUUUUCCUUAGAAGAUUGCAAAGGUGGAGCGAUUAGAGAACGCUGAUGACGGACCUAUUAAUCCCAUCAGUGCAUCGGAGGCACCGACAGCUCUUGGGAACGUUUGGAUGGGAAUCAGGCGAAUGUUUAGACGCGUUACAGUUUUAUAUGAAACCGGUGAUUAAUUGCCUCUUCUUACCCUGGAAUGCUGCAUUUUUACACAUCUCUUUAUUUUCCAUUGGCCAGGGGGAUUAUAUAUAAUAUUAUACAUAUCUGUUGCUGUUAAAAUGAUCUCUUUUAUCCAGUUUUGAAAUUUCUCAGUAUAUCAAGCCUUUCCACCAGGGAGUGUUGCCUAUCUAAAUGGAAUUAGUUGAGAUUGAAGUCCCUUGUCAAAGGAACAGACAUGGUACAUGGGCGCAGGUUGCUUCACGUUAUUGCAAGUCUCCUCGUACUUGGGUUGUCCGGGGCAACGAAAAAGACAGCAGUGAAAAACAACUCCGGUGUGCAGCCGGCAGGUCAGUGCGGUACCUGGGUAAAAGAACCGGAAGGAGGGGUUUUCACUUCUCCCAAUUACCCCGAAAAGUACCCCCCAGAGCGAGAGUGCAUUUACAUUCUUGAAGCUGCACCCAAACAGUGCAUUGACCUCUUCUUUGAUGAGAAGUACUCAAUAGAGCCUUCAUGGGAAUGUAAAUUUGACCACAUAGAAGUUCGGGAUGGUCCUUUUGGCUUCUCUCCGAUAAUAGGACGCUACUGUGGCCAGGAAAGCCCUUUGUACGUCAGGUCCAGUGGUCGGUACCUGUGGAUAAAAUUUGUUGCGGACGGUGAACUUGAGGCCAUAGGAUUUUCCGCAAGAUACAAUUUCACCCCAGAUCCAGACUUUAAGGAUCUGGGGAGCCCAAAGCCUCUGCCCCUUUGCGAGUUUGAGUUGGGAGGACCCCAGGGCAUCGUUGAGUCUGUGCAGAUCAACAAGGAGGGCAAAGCCUUACUGACAGAGGCAGUGGACUGCAAGUGGUUCAUCAGAGCCCCGCCCGGCUCCAAGAUUUACUUGCGGUUUCUGGAGUACGAGAUGCACAACUCGAACGAGUGCAAGCGGAACUUUGUGGCGGUGUACGAUGGCAGCAGCUCUGUGGAGGACCUGAAGAAUAAGUUCUGCAGCACGGUGGCCAACGACGUGAUGCUGGUGUCCGCGCUGGGCGUGGUCCGCAUGUGGGCGGACGAGGGCAGCCGAAAGAGCAAGUUCCGCAUUCUCUUCACCACUUUCCAAGAGCCCCCGUGUGAGUCAGACACGUUCUUCUGCCACAGUAACAUGUGCAUUAACCACACCCUGGUGUGUAAUGGCAUACAGAACUGCGUCUACCCCUGGGAUGAGAACCACUGCAAAGAGAAGCGGAAAGCGAACAUCCUGGACAACCUGAACAACACCAACCUGGCCAUCAUCGGCGUGACCUGCGCCAUCGUCUUCAUCCUCCUCAUCGUGUCCGUGGUGGUGCAGAUCAAGCAGCCGCGCAAGAAGUACAUCGUCCGGCGCGAGGACUUCGACCCCACCAUGUUCCACGAGGUGUUCGAGCCGCCCCACUACGAGCUGUGCACCCUGCGCAGCACCGCGCCCGCCCCCCCCGGCCCCCCCACCCCCGCCGAGCUGGCCGACCUGGCCGAGGACCUGGAGAACUACCACCGGCUGCGCUGGUCCUCGUCCAAGUGCGUCCGCGACCACCACUGCGGAUCCCACAGCUCCAGCCUGCGGGGCAGCCGUGGCAACCUCAGCACCCGCGGAGACCCCGCUCUACCGGCCGACAUGCAGAGCCAGCCCAUCCGGGUGCUGGGCGGGCCGGCCGCGCGGAGGAACAUCCUGGUGAUGAAGCACAGCUACUCGCAGGACGACGGCUCGGACGACGGUGCGGACGACGAGCUGGAGGGCGUGCCCACCACCAGCCACAGGCUGACGCGCCACGACAGGGAUGGCCAGCGGUUCUGUCUCAUUGGGUCUCUAAGCAGACUUGAGACUGAGUACAACACAACUAGGGUCUAAGAGGCGGUGUCAAGGCAGAUGCUUCAUUCUACUGCCCUGACCACAUGUGGAAUUUACUGUACCCCCUGUCCCUGCCCCCUGCCCUCCAUCUUCAGCCCUGUUGCUCUUGGCAACCAAUUUAUUGUGAUGAAGAAGAAAAUACAGAUUUUUUUUUUUUUA